AUGCGCAUAAGCGCUAGUGUAGCAGCGUGCGAGUUCCAGAUUUGGGGGUCCAAGCGGCGGAGAGUGCCGCACGACACGGCCCUGCGGGUGGAGCAGCUCGAGCGGCAGCAGCGCGAGGCGGCGGCGAGCGGCCUGGCCGUGCGCAACGCGACCAACACGCCCUGGUGGUGGGGGCUGCUCGUCCUGGUCAAGUACCGCACCUUCUACAACUACACCGACACCGCGUUCCUGGGGGCGCGGCUGGCUGACAAGGUGUCCAUGGGCAUCACCAUCAUGUCCCUGUACUGGGGGAUAGGCGGCCGCCUGGCGCUGGAUAAUAUCUUCAACAUCGCGGCCGUCCUCUUCAUGUGGUGCAUGAUCCCCGCCUUUGGCGCCGCCGCCUUCGUGCCCUCCCUCGUACUCGAGCGGCGGCUGUUUGUGAGGGAGCGCCACGACGGGCUCUACAGGGUGUCCACCUACCUGGCAGCGAAGAUGAUUGACGAGAUCGGGGUGGCGGCGCUGGGCAGCGUGGUGAUCUCGGCCAUCGUCUACUACGGUGUCAGGCUGGAGGGCGCGUUCACUGUCUUCUGGAUUACAUACUUUGCAACCCUUUGUGUCGGCAUAUGUGAGGAUGUUUAUCAGAACACACUAAGAAACAUGUACAGCCAGAAAAAUCGGUUUGCAAUUGCUGCGGAGCCGUGA